AUCAUUAAGUGGCAACAACGUACAGUAGAAAGGCAAGAGAGGAAGAAUAAGGAGAGGGAGAGAGAAUAAUGCAAGGAGACAAAGCAAAUGACAAUAUUUACAGAGAGUGCUUAAGGAACCAUGCAGCCAGCCUCGGAAGUUAUGCCACUGACGGCUGUGGAGAAUUCACUCUUGAUGACGACGACAACAACAACAACACUUCCCCGGGCAGCGCAAGCUUACACUGCGCUGCCUGUGGUUGUCAUGGUGAAAGUCAUUUACGGUGCUAGUUACAGCAACAAUAGCAGCCGCGACCGAGAAAUCAUGGCAGCAGAUGACUACGCCGGAGGGAGGACAGCUGAGGAGUCACCGAGGAGCGGGAAGAAGAGAUUUCGGACAAAGUUUACGACAGAUCAGAAGGAGAAAAUGCUGGCAUUUGCGGAGAAAUUAGGAUGGACGCUGCAAAGGAAAGAUCAAGAAAAUGAAACUGAAAGAUUUUGCAGAGAGGUAGGGGUAAGUAGAAAGGUGUUUAAAGUAUGGAUGCAUAAUCAUAAGAAUAACACUUCCUCUAUAUCCACUGGCAAUGCAUCUUCUCUUACUCAAUAAGAUUUAGUAAUUCUUACUUCUCAAGGAGUACUAGGUUAAGUUAUUCCCUUUUUAUCUUUUUCCUUUUGUUUUAAUCCACUAAUUAAUAUCCAAAUCUUGUACUGCAGCACUUGAGACAUUUUUACCUUGUUCCUUUUCCA